UGGGUUGCUAGGCGGUUUGGGGUUGAACUGCUUGGCACUUAGUCUUGGCACAAUGCCCAACCAGCCCCGGCCUAAUAUGAUGGCCUUGCUGGAGGACUUUUACAGGGAUAAGUUGAACGACCAGAACUGGAUGGAAAAGCGCUGGUAUGAUCUAGCCAAAAUGAAGAAUAUCCCGAAGGAGAAAGUCCAGAAGCGUUUGAAGGCCCAGCAGGCGCCAUGCAACUUCAGCUUCAUCAAUGUCAACUCUGAACUGGAGACUGUGGAGAAAGCUUUUUCUCUUGACGUUGUGGAGGAUGAGCACAACUACGAGUUUUACAUAGAAUGGCUCUCGGUCUUUGCUGGUGAUUUGCCAUGGAACUCAGAACUAAAGGCCCUGUUCAUGAAGUUCCACACAGAAUCGCCUUUGUGCCGCGCGAAGCUGAAGAUGGACGUCGAGGAUUGGGCGAAUCUCGAAGCUGCCAACCAGAAGAACCUAUGUUCGGCCAUCAUCUUCCUUGCUCGGAGGAAUGAACGAGCCAGGGCUGGGCACAAAAAACUGGAGGACUUGAAGUACGUGGUCAGGACAAUGCGUGGGCACCUUUGGAAGAGAGGCAAGAAGACUCAGAACGAAGAACAGGAUGCUGACACUCCAGAGCCAAGCAGUCACCCAUUAGAGGGGUUUUCCUGUAGCAAAGAAGAGCUUGAGCAAGAAGCUGAACAGAAGGAUUCUGAGAAUUCUGUUGAGCCUGAAGCCCUUGACACCUCUGCCCGCCCCGCUGAGCCAGAGGUUGAGUGCAGAGGGCCGCCAGUGCCAAAAACAGUCAUAGACCAAGACAGCCAACCUAGCCACACUCCACCUGUGGUCCAGGAAUCCCAAGUUCCAUGCACACCCGACAAAGCUGUUUUCGUAGAGGAAAGCCAAGAAGUAGAAUCGUACUUUCAAGAAGAUCAGACUCCACCCGAGUGGAACGAGGGAGAUGGGGUGGCCGAUGAUACAAAGAAAAAUGAGCCUGCUAGCAUGCCUGCUGAGCCAACCUCGGACGGCGCCGAACCUUCCCAGCCAACAACACCUUCAAAAGAGCAUUUGGAGGCGUUGGAAAAGGAUGAGGAAAGGGUAGAUUUGAAGUCUGAUGAAGAAGAUCUAGCAAGGCGUCAGGCUUUCAAGGACCGGAAACCGCUUUUUGAGCUGGAGGACCUACCGGAGCUGACAGAGCAGCAUCUCAAAGACUUUCCUGAUUUAGCCGGGGUAGAUCAAACACAGUUCAAGGCUGUUUCAAACCUACUUCUUCAGUUGCAGCGCGAAACCCGAAAAGACAUCAAUGCGGAGCGAAGGGCAGCUGACAAAGAGUUGAAGGACAAGCGUGAAGCAACCGAAAGACGGGUCCAAGGGAAGGGAAGGGGCCGAGGCAAAGGACGGGGUCGUGGGAGAAAGGCCUCUCAUGUGGAACCCACGGAGGAAGGAGUUCCUGGAAAAGAGCAGGACGAAGCAAUGCAGCAUUUGCCUGAAGUGCAUCUCCAAAAACUUCGAUCCAAACGAGGGCAUGAUGCUGAAAGCGGCAGUGAAGUUGAGGAAGUCUAUUCAGAUGUUGCAAGCAAGAAACCUGGAAGAAGGCCGAAGGCUAAGGCAAAAACUGCGGCGAAGCCGAAGUCCACAAACAAAGAAGCACAGGAGACUGGCACCAGCAAGAAUGGAAGGGAAGAUGCCCCGGACGCUGCUGAGGACAAGAAACGAAAAAAGAAAGCCCCUGAUCAGGAGAAGACGGAAGACAAGAAACCGACCAAAGAGGCAAAAAAGCGUCGUGGCCAGAACAAGGAGCCCCAGGCUGAUGGCGAAGCAGUGGAACCGGAACCAAAGGCCCGACCGGCCAGACAAAGGAAGAAACCUGCUGAUGCGGAAGCUCGUGAUUCAGAUGACAAUGGGUCCAAACCUGCCUCCGCUGAAAGCAAGCAGCUGCUUUCCAAGGAACAGAAAGAAGACCAGAUCAUGCUCAUCCAUGCAGCAGCCCAGAAGUUCCCAGAACUUGCAGUCCCCGAUGACAUUGCUGACCGAUCGACUUGGACGGUCAAAGCCCCUGAUGCCACCCUCAAGCAGCUGGCGGAGGAUGACACAACUUGCAGCAUAGGAGUGAUCCUGCGAGGCCAAUUCUAUGUCUAUGGCUGUGGUGAAAAGCAGGUGUUGGCCAUCAACAAGGCAACAGGACAGAACUUCAAGGCAGAUCGAAAGGGCGGUGUCACUCUGAGUUGGGGCAAGUAUGGUGUCGGCAAGAGCUGGCAACAUGCUCGGCAGUUGGCUGGAUGGGAACCCGAACAUAAGAUUCGAAGCUGAGAUAGCGCACUGGUGCUGAUGAUACC